CGGAGACGCAGACCUGAAUCCUGUAAAAAAAAUCCUACUGUAAUCCGGAAAGGAAUGGGACAACCUGUUUACCAUCUCUAGAUAUUCAUUCUAAAUAUUUUAUACUGUAUUCGUCAACUGCUACUUGCGCUCAUCUGAGAACAGAGAAUGAGCAAGAGACGACAUUAAAUCCGAAGUCUGUAUAACUAAAUAAUUUUCAUAGAGGUGUGUUAAUCAGCUAGGGUUUCGUUUGUGGAUUUUCAAUUUCGCAAAGAAGAAUAAAAAUGUGGCCAUUUUGGUGGAAAGGAGCAUCUGGAUUCUCAGCUCACUCCACAGCUGAACAAGUCACUCAUGGAAUCGACGGUACUGCUCUCACCGCAAUCAUCACAGGAGCAUCAAGUGGUAUUGGAGAAGAGACUACACGUGUUCUUGCUCUUCGUGGUGUUCAUGUGGUAAUGGCUGUAAGAAACGUAGAUUCUGGUAAUCAAGUCAGAGCAAAGAUACUUAAGGAAACACCUCAAGCUAAGAUUGAUGUUAUGAAGUUAGAUCUUAGCUCAUUGGCUUCCGUCAGGAGCUUUGCAUCACAGUACAAGUCCUUGGACCUUCCAUUGAAUCUUCUCAUCAAUAAUGCAGGGAUCAUGGCAUGUCCCUUCACGCUUUCAAGUGACAACUUCGAGUUACAGUUUGCGACCAAUCAUUUGGGUCAUUUUCUAUUGACGAACCUUCUUUUGGAUAUGAUGAAGAAAACAGCUAAUGAGAGCAACAUUGAAGGAAGGAUUGUCAUUGUCUCAUCAGAAGGUCAUCGUUAUGCUUACCGAGAAGGGAUUCGGAUCGACAAAAUAAAUGACGAAGCAAGUUACAAUACUUUGCAAGCAUAUGGUCAGUCAAAGCUCUGUAACAUAUUGCACGCAACUGAGCUUGCUAGGCAGUUCAAGGAACAAGGUGUGAAUAUAACUGCCAAUUCACUCCAUCCUGGAUCCAUUAUGACCAAUCUUUUGCGCUACCACAGCUUCAUAAAUACACUUGGCAACGCGGUGGGCAAGUAUGUGCUUAAAAGUAUCCCUCAGGGAGCAGCAACUACAUGUUACGCAGCGCUACAUCCGCAAGCAAAGGGAGUGAGUGGGGAGUACUUGAUGGACAACAACAUAUCUAACCCUAAUUCUCAGGGUAAAGACACAGAUUUGGCUAAGAAACUAUGGGAGUUUAGUUUGACUCUAACUGGUGAAGAAGAAUCAUAGAUUCGUUCAACUGUGGGAGACUAUGAAAGGAUAUGCUGGUUCAGUUGUGAAGACAAAAUAUUAUCCUUUUUAUUUGAAUAAAAAGUUCGGUUUCUAUAUACAUUUAUGUGUUGGUUCAAGUGGGUAGAUAUGGACAAGUACACAGAGAUUUAGAUAUGUUCCAAGUCCUAGUUCCAUGUAGGAUUUGCCCAUGAUUUAUUUGUGUUGCAUUCAUGCUAAAGAUUUAGAGUUUAAAACAAAAAAUUAAUUUUGGGUUUUUGAUAUUUUGAAAAUGAAUAUUCAUGUAAUUUCGAAAAUAUUUUGGUUUUCCGAAAAGUU